AUGGAGAAAGAACCUAUCUCUUGGACAGCGGAUCAGGAAUCAAAGCGGACCUCAUCAAAUACAGAGUACUACGAAGAGAACCAGGAAGAGUGCCAGUAAGAAAAUUCGCGAUGGGACAUAGAAAAUUCCAAACCAACACCGGAACACUAAUCAAAAUAUUCAAUAAAAAUUAAAUUCUAUGUAGUACCUAACAAUUUUCCCAUAAUAAAAGACGGUAUAAUUGGAUUGCCAUGUUUAAAGGAAUUCGAUUUAGAACUUUCUAACGACAAAUUAAAGCUAAUGUUACAGAACAACCCCACUGUUCCAGGCCAAACAAUCGGAAAAACUGUAUACCUUGAGAACAAACCAACGCGAGUAUGCUUUAUCAAUGGUGGCAAGUCCGUUUUACAAAUCUCUAACCAUAUUGAACGAUCCAAUGAAUACAACCAAAUUGCAAUAUUUAAAGAACUUGUCAGACUAAAACAUAUCGAACCAAGCCUCAAUGAGCCUAUCGAAAAGCUUUUAUUAUUAUACCUUGAUGUAUUCAAUCUAGAAACCGAUCUAUUACCA